CAACUGGCUUGGCCUUAAGUUCUUCCAUCAUAACUAGCAGCACCACAUUCGUGUUUACUUUCACAAUGUCUGCUGCUAAACCAACAGAUAAAAGAUUUCGACGCAUGUUGUCAGAGAUAGCAAGGGAACUUGGCGAAGAUGAUGUAAAUGAAUUAAGCUUCCUCUUUCGAGAUGUUUUGAAGAAGAAACAUGAAACUAAGAAUGUGAUGGAUCUCUUUAACAUCUUGAUUGAUGGAAAAAUCAUACAUGUUGAUGAUGUGUGUUCAAUUGUAAAAGCACUGGAUUUGAUGCAAAAGAACCUUUUGUUAGAGAAGAUAGAAUUCUUGUAUAAAGAACACACUAUGCCUGUACCAAUGAUACGCUCACAUAUUCGUGAGUUUACUGUUCUACUUUACAACACCGGCUGUAAUCUUACAGAAGAUGAUAUCACACGCGUGAUGUUUGAACAGGAAAUCAAAGGAGACAAGCAGGAACAAGUUAAAAAAAAUAGGUGGAAGCUGUUCUCCAUUUUACUCGCAGAGAAUAUAUUAUCGGAAGGAGAUGACAGCAGCAUUGAAAAUGUUUUUGGACCACGCACCACAGAGAGUCCUCCGACUGAAGGUGCAAGCUUUAAACCACUUACAGAUCAUCUGGAUUCUGGCUCUGCAGGAACAUUACAGCCAGACAAUCUCCCAUCAAUUGCAUCCAGCAGUAUUCCAGUUGAUGAACAACUAAGUAGCCCAUUUAGCAAGAUGGAUGUGAAGGAGAAUGUAGAAAACCCUGCAAGUGACCAGCACACGAGUACCCACCCUGCUGGUCAUCCAUCUGGAGAUAGUCAGGCCAUUGACCAGCAUGCGAGUACCCACCCUGCUGGUCAUCCAUCUGGAGAUAGUCAGGCCAGUGACCAGCACGCGAGUACCCACCCUGCUGGUCAUCCAUCUGGAGAUGGUCAGGCCAUUGGAGAACCCCUGUGUGAGGGCGGAGCCGACUUGAAUGCAAAUACCUAUGUUCUUCUGGUGGCUGCCACUGGGAAGACAGAAAAACAGACGAAUAUCUUUGAUAAUGACUUAGAAGAAAUGAAGAAACUUUUUAUGAAUAAGAAAUACAUUGGUGUAAGGUCGGAGAAUAUUUAUACCGUGAGUGGCAAGCACACUAAAGCCAGCAAGAUGAAGAAGACUCUUUUGAAAACAGUAGAUGAAAUUGCGAGUACAAUUGAGAAUAAUAACACAUAUUUUGUGUUCUGUUAUGUGGGACACCAUAGCAAAGAGAGAGAGAUUGGGAUUGGCGGGGAAAAACAUGUUAUUUCUGAGAUUGAACUGAAGAAAGCCCUCCGUAAAAUAGAUGCCACUUACAUGCUGUUCAUACUAAAUACAUGUUUCAGUGAAAGUAUGGACAUGGGAGCCAAAGGGUCUGUGGUAGAGUUGCCUCCAUUAGAAUAUCCAAUUGUUCUUUGGGAUUUGUGGGAUGAUGCUGAUCUUGGAGCUAAAGGUGCUAAUACCCUGAGGGUGAUGCAGUGGUGUUCCUCAGGUCGUAAUCAGACAUCUUUUGUCCAUGGUAAAUCAAAAUUGAGCUAUUUCACCUCUGCCAUUAUCACAGCUGUGGAAAAGAAAUGUAAUCAUUCAAUGUGUGAUAUUUGUGAGCAUUUCAAAUCAGGUACCCAAAAUGAUAGUUUCAUUUCUUUGAAGAAACUACAUGAGUGUGUGAGAGAUCACGUCAAGAAAGAUAAGCCUUGUCAGGAGCCUGAGCUGCUCCCAUUAAAUGCUGUUGAGGAUGAACACAAAAUGGCAUCCUUUCCUCCAUUUGCUAAAAAAACAUGGUAGGGAAAUCGUGAGUAAUCUGUUCAUUUGAUGUGAACUACAAAUGACCAUAUGAUGUCCAUCUUUGUUUUCAUUCUAGUUUGAUCCAUAAUAUUGUCUUCCCUAUCUAUGUUCACCAGGAAGACAGCGAUCAAUGUUUAUGUUGUUCAGUUGUUCAUGGUGACCUGACAACCUGUUUUUAUGACUUGGACAACUGAUAAAUCACAACAUUAUACCCUUGUCCACAGUUGUUACCCUUGUUACAAUGCCAUACAACUUCCAUGCAGAGUCCAUGCUGUAGUUAGUUACAUGAUAAAUCAACAAAUAUAAAAAAUAGUACAUGUAUACUAAAUACAUGAAUAAAAAUCAGGGGCCAAUUUCACAAAACAUCGUAAGUUUACGCCUGCAACUAGUAGUUAAACCGGGCAUAUGUUUACACAUGCUUGGUAUCUAUUUCAUGAAAAAAAUUACAUCAUUACAUCAAAUGGAGCAUUUUGAUGAUGAAAUGAAAUACAUGUAUUUCUAACUAUUUGCUGUACAAUAACAGUACCAAGAACUGUGGUUUAGUCGUAGAUUUACGUUUACGUGCAAAACUAGGUUUACGAUGUUUAGUGAAAUUGGGCCCAGGGUAACAACUGAAUUCUUUGACAGGCAACCUGAUUAUUUGACAAACUCAAUGUGAGCUCUUGGUUGCCUAAUGUACAAUAUGUAUAUUCUUUUGUGAAUCAAUCUAUUUUGUGUAUAAAGUAUAUGCAUGUAUAUUAAGUUAAUAUUUGCAAUGUAUUUGAUUUAGUUUUUUUUUUUUUUUAAGAAUUGUAUUUGGAGAAUAAGACUAACUUAGUCAUUGUAGAAAUGCAGCAUGUGUUUAAUCCACAGUUGUCAAAAUUAUGACACUCACAAUACUGAAAAACAAAUGAACAUUACAUGUGUGCUCCAUAUGAUUUUUAUUAGCUCAGUUAUGUUGAACCAUGUGGAUAAUACAUUUUUAAACUUGAUAUAUGAUGACAAUGAUUUUAUAUUUACCCAAAAUUAUUUAUCAGUUUCUAACUUUAAUGUGAAAUUUUUUCAAGAAGUUUUAUUUUGAACAGUUUACUAUUUUUUGUACAUAGAUAUGUUGGUAUUUAGGAGAUAACCGUAUGGAGUUUUUAGAUUUGGCGUUAGCCUGAGGUUAAAAAUGAAACAUUUGCGGGCAUCAAAUAGACAAUAA